AUGGCGUUCCCUGACAAGGCAUGGAAAGACCGCGCCGCGAUGAUCGAGCCUGGUACAGCGCCCUGGGACGUGAGCAUCAGCGAAGCUGACUUCGCAAAGCUCAAAGCCGGUGUCGACUCUGAGAGUAUGGACGACAGAUGGAACAUCUGGAGCACAGAAGAAAGCCAAAACAACAACAUUCUCGUCCACUAUGCUCGAAGCUGGACAGGCAACAAACUGUACAUCCUUCAUGUGAAGCCAAACGACGGUGACAGCGGUAACGGUGCGAAGAUCGAAGCCAUAACCUGGGAGCAAGACAAAGGAGGGGUCCCCAUCUCGGAGGAGCAGGGCAAGAAGGACGCAGUCGUUAUAACCAGAGCCCAGCUCGACUGCAAGAUCGAAGCGCUUCCAGAGUAUGACUUCAAUGAUACCUGGGACAAUCCUGCUGCGAGGCGUGUAGUCGAGGAGCAACAGCGCCAAAAGUGA